UAUUACUUGAAAAUUUUACGUCUUUUUUCGUCAAAUCUUAUUCCACCGGUCACGGCACUGAUAACUUUAUCGGGUAAGACACGUGGACGUUGUUGCAGAACCUUUACAUUGAGAAGCAUGGCCGCAAUUACUCAAGUAUCUUCAAAUAAAUGUUUUGGAGGCUUUCAGAAAGUCUUCUCACAUGAAAGUGAGGAACUCAAGUGCAAGAUUAAUUUUGCUGUAUACUUGCCUCCAAAGGCAGAAGAUGCCAAUGUCAAGCUUCCAGUUAUUUAUUGGCUUUCGGGACUGACAUGUAAUGAGCAAAAUUUCAUCCAAAAGGCUGGAGGUCAGAAACUGGCAGCAAAUCAUCAGUUUAUCAUUGUCUGUCCCGAUACCAGUCCAAGGGGUUGUGGUAUUGAAGGGGAAGAAGAUGGCUGGGACUUUGGUACUGGGGCUGGUUUUUAUGUUGAUGCAUCUGAAGAAAAAUGGAAGACAAAUUAUCGCAUGUUUUCAUACAUCACCAAAGAGUUGCCACAACUGAUUUCUGCAAACUUUCCUGCUGAUUCAAACCUGAUGUCUAUCAUGGGCCAUAGCAUGGGAGGACAUGGUGCCCUAAUAUGUGCUCUGAAGAACCCAGGGCUCUACAAAAGUGUAUCGGCAUUUGCUCCGAUUUGCAACCCAGUUAACUGUCCAUGGGGAGAAAAAGCAUUCUCAGGCUAUCUGGGUGCUGACAAAUCCCUGUGGAAGGAGUGGGAUGCCACAUGUUUGGUUGCCAACUAUCAAGGCGCCCCACUUGAGAUUUUUGUUGACCAGGGAGAGGAAGAUCAGUUCCUAAAGGACGGCCAGCUUCUUCCCGAUAACCUAGUCGAAUCGUGUGCUAAAGCCGGCAUGCCAAUUGUUCUACGGAAACAGGCAGGAUACGACCACAGCUACUACUUCAUAGCGACUUACCUGGAAGACCAUUUCAGCCAUCAUGCAAAAUUCCUCCAAUAAGGUUAGAUUUCCCUUUCUUUAGUAGUGGGUCAAGCUGUAGCGGAUAUUCUUUGUUUCUGUUUAUUAAAAUUAUAUCCAACACUGUC